UACUGAUUAGAAAUCAGAAAUCCAAUUCAUGAAGACUGAAUGAAUCAUGGAGGACACGCAAGCAUUCAGAGAUGGAGAUUUUUCUCCAGGAUGCAGUCAAUUUCAGGAGGACAGAUCAAACUCAUCAGAGCCCAGCUGUGUGUCCAUGAAGAGUAACCAGUCUAUAGAAAAACCAUUACAUUUUCAGGGAAGACACAUAUCAACUGAUCUGAGUGAUCAGUCUGUGGACACUCCAGGAACAUUUACAGGAAAACACAUGUCAUCUAAUAUGAGUCGUGACUCUCAACUGGACCAAAGCAGAUUCAAAUCAGAUCUGCUGAGUAAGUUUGGGCGUCUGUAUGAAGGAACAGCGAUGCAGGGAAACCCAACUCUCCUGAAUGAGAUCUACACAGAGCUCUACAUCACAGAGAGUGAGAGUGGAGAGAUCAAUAAUGAGCAUGAGGUGAGACAGAUUGAGACACAAUCCAGGAGAGCAGCCACAGAGGACACGGCCAUCAAAUGCAAUGACAUCUUUAGACCUUUACCUGGACAAGACAAAGCCAUCAGAACUGUGCUGACAAAGGGAGUCGCUGGCAUUGGAAAAACAGUCUCUGUGCAGAAGUUCAUCCUGGACUGGGCUGAAGGGAAAGAGAAUCAGGACGUCCAGCUCAUAUUUCCACUUCCUUUCAGAGAAAUCAACCUGAUGAAGGACAAAACACUCAGUCUUUCAGAUCUUCUUCAUGUCUUUUUCCCUGGAACUAAAGAGAUGAAAAUAUCCAUUGGUGAAUAUAAAGGGCUGUUCAUCUUUGAUGGUCUGGAUGAGUGUCGUCUGUCUCUGGAUUUUCAGAGCAAUGUGAGGUUGUGUGAUGUUAGUGAAUCAGCCUCAGUGGAUGUGCUGCUGAUGAACCUCAUUGUGGGGAAUCUGCUUCCCUCUGCUCUCAUCUGGAUCACCUCCAGACCAGCAGCAGCUGAUCUCGUCCCCUCUGAGUGUGUCCAUCGAGUGACAGAGGUACGAGGCUUCAGUGAGCCACCUCAGCCGCUGUUCUGGAGAAGAUGUUGA